AUGUCAAAAGCGCCAAUUCUAACUACCUUGUGCCAAGAGCUUCAAGAGAACAUUUGCGACUUUUUAAAUCUCGCAGAACUGUCAGUAUUUGCUAGUGUGAGCUCCCUCUGUUACAUGGGGGUCGAAGAGUAUAUCAAUGGACGAAAACUCGUCAUAUUCGCUCGCUUUGUAAGCGACACCGAACAUUUCAUCACGUUACUCCGCCGCACAGAUGCUGUGGUAUCAGGCUCAUGCGCUCUCAAUAUCGUGCAAGCCAAAGAAGGUGCUACCGAAAUCAAUGAUCUGGAUAUUUACACUACUCUUCAGAAGUUCGAGGACUUGGAACUUCCAUCGCCCCCCCCGGGUCCAUAUAACACAUCCGGCAUUGCCAAACUAUUCAGGUUUCAAAAGGGCAAGCAGAAUGUCGAUAUCAUCGUCACGAAUUUGGCCUCAGCCGUUGCGCCUGUUUUCCAAUUUCAUUCAACAAUCGUGAUGAAUUUCAUAUCAGCGGACGUGAUUUUCUGUGCCUACCCAGCAUGGACGUUGGACAUGCUGGGUUUGAUACACCCACGCACAUACAAACAAAACGGGACCAAUUAUGCAACUAUCCAAGGUCUCGCAAAAUACAUGCAAAGGGGGUUUACCCUGUACUCGGACAUUGGCGAACUAUCGCCUCAUGACAACCGCUGUGUCAAAACAUACUAUUGCCCACACGUGUCGCGAAGCACCAAUGACAAAGGCAAAUUAGCCUGGGAAUUCAAGCGCACCGAGAGAGACACUGCUAAAGGCAAGGUACGCUAUACAGACACCAAUGCAGUCAUCUGGUGUCUAGGAGGAGACCAAUGCAACAAUGAGAGGAUCACGGGAGCACCAUCGUUUGUUUUCGCAACAUGA